AUGAUGGAUACUCGGAAGUCCACGCGAUAUGGUAACACCGUCCGCAUUGCGCCUAACGAGAUCUCCUGUGCCGACCCUCGGGACUUCAAGAUCAUCCAUGGACAUGGCAACGGCUGGUUCAAGAGCGAUUGGUACGCCAAGCUCUCGGAUCUAGACGCGGACCCUGAAGUCCACAAUGAGUUCUCUCUUGGCGAUCCAACGCUGCACGGAGCGAGAAGAAAGCUUUUUGCACGGGCAUUCAGCAAGUCUCAGAUCCGCAAAAACUGGGAAGGGGAAGUACGAGAGUUGGUUGAACGCGCCAUGCUGAAAAUGGACGAAGAGGCCACCAACAACGGCAAUGGCGAAGUCGACGUCCGCAAGUGGUGGGUGCUGUUGGCAUCAGAUGCAAGUUCAAGGAUGGCGUUUGGAGAGUCAUUCGGACUUCUGGAUGUAGGAAAGAAAAAUGGCUAUGUUAGAGCUCUCGAGAUGAUAAGUGCUGUUUCUGCCACCACGGCUGAAUUCCCAGUGCUCCGGACUCUGGGGUCGCUGAUCCCAUCAAAGAAGUCGCGGAGUUUCUGGAAUGCUCGCGACGCAAACCGAGAGUACGCACGCCAGGCUAUUGCGACCAGUCGGAGGGUUGGCUCUCGGGAAAACGUUUUCACCCCCAUUGUUGCUGAGGCAGAACGCGAGGGAAGCCGAGUUUCAGAGAAGCUUUUAAUCAACGAAGCGGCGGGCCUCAUCGUUGCUGGGUCUGACACGACUGCCAACAGCCUAACGUAUCUUGUGUGGGUCAUUUUGUGUCGCCGCGAACUUCAAGAAGCACUCGUUGCAGAGCUCAAGAACAGUCUCCCGGGGGAUGAUUUCAACGACCAGGAUCUGGAAAGCCUUCCGAUCCUCAACGCAGCCAUCAAGGAGACGAUGCGAAUGUACGGGGCUGCACCAGCAGGCCUUCCGCGCACACCUCCCAGAGGAGGCGCGACGCUCAGCGACGGCAGGACUUAUGUGCCUGAAGGGGCGAUCGCUAGCACGCAAUCCUGGACCCUUCACCGUGACCCGAAGACGUGGAAGAAUCCAGAGGAAUUCGACAUCCGCCGCUGGAUGCCAGACAACACGCUGACAGACACACAAAAGUUGGUGUACAGCCCGUUUGGCUGGGGGCCUAGAAGCUGUCUCGGCAUCCACUUUGCCCAGAUGGAGAUGAGAUACGCCGCGGCUCUCUUCUUCAGGACCUUUCCAACAGCAAGAUUGGCGCCCGCCACGACUGAUAUGACUAUGAAGCCAAAAGAAUUCUUCGUCAUCUCACCGGCUAGCAGCGAAUGUAAGAUCAUUUUACAGUAG